AUGUUUUCUCCACCUCUGAAAUCGAGAAGUCACCUCGCUGCGUUGAAAAAUUAAGAAAAAACGGAGAAAAAGUGCCCACAACCGCCCGAAAACAUACAUAAAGUGUGAAUCAAAGAACAAUCCAGCAACAAAUUAUUAAUUGAGCGUUGUGCAAGCGCGAAAAGUACGCGAAAUCGACGUUUUGCCAAACGCUCACCAUUUUCGCGUCGCCAUUGGAAGUGUGCGAGUGUGUGUGUAAGUGAGGGAGUAUUGGUGAGAGCGUGCGUGUGAAUGUGAGCGAGCGGCCCCUAUGAAAAGCAACAACAACAACGCCAGCAAAGGACCCGCAACAACAACAGCAACUAAAAGCCGAACAGCAGGAAAAGCGUUUUAGGCGAUUAAUUUUCCAAAUAAUGAGUGUCGCUGCAAUGACUAUGGACGAUCAAAGACCCUUGAUGAACAGUUACGAAAAAAUGCCCCCGACCAAAUACGAGCAAAACCUAAAUAUCAUAAGCAGCAGCCAAAACAGCGGAGGUGGCAGUGGCGGCCCCGCCUCCCCAACGCCCUCGGGUCUCGAGGAUCCGUCGCACCAUCACCAUCAUCACCAUUCGCAUCCGCACCAUCAUCAUCAUCAGGAGCAACAACAUUUGCAGCAGCAACAGCAGCAGCAACAUCAGCAGCAGCAACAACAGCAGCAGCAACACGCAGCAGCUGUUGCAGAGGCUGUUGCAGCCGCCGAACAGCGACAACGCUUGCUCGAAGAUGAGAUCGAGAAUCUCAAGCUGGAGCAGGUCCGCAUGGGUCAGCAAUGCGCGGAUGCCCUGCGGCGCGAGAAGAUCCUCAUGCGACGACUGGCCAACAAGGAGCAGGAGUUCCAGGACUAUGUGAGCCAAAUUGCCGAGUACAAGGCCCAGCAGGCGCCAACUGCCUUGGCUUUGCGCACUGCUCUUCUCGAUCCUGCGGUGAAUCUCCUGUUUGAACGGCUCAAGAAGGAACUGAAGGCCACCAAGGCCAAACUGGAGGAGACCCAGAAUGAGCUGUCCGCCUGGAAAUUCACGCCGGACUCCAAUACGGGCAAACGCCUGAUGGCCAAGUGCCGACUGCUUUACCAGGAGAACGAGGAGCUAGGCAAGAUGACGUCCAACGGCAGACUGGCCAAGCUGGAGACCGAACUGGCCAUGCAGAAGAGCUUCAGCGAGGAGGUCAAGAAGUCUCAGUCGGAGCUCGACGACUUUCUGCAAGAACUGGACGAGGAUGUGGAGGGAAUGCAGAGCACCAUUCUGUUUUUACAGCAAGAACUGAAGACCACGCGCGAUCGCAUCCAAACGCUAGAGAAGGAAAACGUUCAGCUGAAGCAGGCUAACACCAAGGAUGAGCCGGCAGCACCGGCAGCUGCCACCAAUGGAGGCGCAAUAAAGACGUUAGGCAAGCUGGAGACCAUCGAUGAAAACGCCUGCCUGGCGAGCAAGAACCCAUCGAAUCCAGACUUUUAUAAUGGCAACACUAACAACGAACAGAUUGUGGAUGUGCCGCAAGUCGCACCCACGGAUGAGGGCAGCAAUGGGAACGGAAACGCGGCGCGUUUGGCGCGAAAGCGUAACUACCAAGAGGAGGAACCCACGCCAGCAAUGGUAGUGGUGCCCAUGCCAACGACAGUGGGCAAUACUGUCCAAGAACCGCUGCCAAUAAGAGAAGUUACCGCCCCCCGAACAUUGCCGCAAAAGUCCAAGCUGCGCGGUAUUACCACGCAACGCAACUCGCAGGAGGAGGAGCAUCAGCCCGUGACGACGCCUGUGGCCGUGCCGCUGAUUCUGGAUAACGCUGUAGCUGGGAUGGCUAGCGAGGAAGCGGCCGCUGCUGCAGCGGUGACCAAUAACGUUAGCGCGGAAACGGUGGGGUCUCUCCCCGAUGCCAACGAUCCAGCUGCUCCGGCGGCACCGGCUCGCAUCCUGACGCGACGUCGAUCUGUUCGCACGCAGCAAAACGGCAGUGGAGCAGUCGACUACUCAACCUAAGCGCUGGCUGACCUUUUUUUUAAAAGAAGGGUGUAUUCUUUAUGAUUUCGUCAUAUUGAUCGUUAAUUCCUGACGUUUACUUUUGUGAAUUGAGAUUUCAAAACAGAGAGAGACUUCAUUUUACCUAUCGACUAGAUUCUUUUAUUUUUUUACACAUCGUCUUGUAAAAUACGUUUAUUACUUUCUUUGCAUGCAUCAUAGGCAUACAUAAUACGCGAAUUAAUUAGAAGUCACUGCUAUACAUACGAAAUACAUUAUGUAGAACUGUGUACCACUUCAGCACACAUUUACGAAACAUAUGAUUGGUCUAAACGAUUAUGCUAAAAUUGAUUACGUAUUUAUGUUUUUUUAAAGCCCGGCAACUACUGAAUAGCUGAAAAAGAAAACUUCGACAAAACAAAACUCGUCAUCUAGCUAAAUUAGAUUUUAAUUAUCAACUUAAGGCAUUUUUGUAAUAUGAUGAAAGUUCUGUAAAAUAAUAUAAACUUGUGUUAAAAUAAAUUGUUAAGCAUAACAAAUAUUUCAAAAA